UCAAGGUCCAGGAAAUUUGCUCUCCUUUAUAGACAGCUUGCAGCCACAGUGUCUGUUUGCUCUUGAGUGACAUUGAGCACUGGUGUCUGCCUUGGACGUGUGGUUUCACAUCUCAAAUAGCCCUGCUGCUGCAUCAUGGAAGGCCAACAGCAGAAACUGCUGGAGGAAGUGACCUGCCCCAUCUGCAUAGACAUUCUUCGAGAGCCUGUCACCAUUGACUGUGGUCACAACUUCUGCCUGCAGUGCAUCGGUCAGGUUGGGAAAACGUCAGAAAACAUUCAAUGUCCUCUCUGCAAAGUCUCUGUGAAUAGGAAUACGUUCCGGGCCAAUAAGCUGUUGGCUAGUCUUGCAGAGAAAAUCCAGGCUAUGGAUCCUGGUGAGAUCCAACGAGAAGGGGAAGACACAAGGUGUCAGAAGCACAAGGAAAAGCUGCAUUACUUCUGUGAGCAGGAUGGGUUGUUCCUCUGUGUGGUGUGUCGGGACUCCAAGGACCACAGAUCCCACAGUGUCACCUUGAUAGAUGAGGCUGCCCAGAACUACCAGGUGCAGAUUGAGUCACAGUCCCAGGAUUUGAAGCAAAAGGACAAAAAAAUAAUUGAAGAGAAGAAGCAAGGUGAAGGAGAAAUCCGGGUACUCAGGGCCCAGGUACAUCUGGAGAAACUAAAGAUCCUCGAGGAAUUCAAGCGCCUGCAUCAGAGCCUGGACGAGGAGGAGCGUUUUCUCCUGUCCAGGCUGGACUGGCUGGAGCAGCAGGGAGCCAAGCAGUUGGGACAGUAUGUUUCCGUGACAGAGCAGCAGCUCAGCUCCCUCAGGAAGCUCACUAACUCCCUGAAAUGUAGGCUACAAGCACCAUCCAUAGAGCUACUGAAGGACAUCAAAGACAUCUUGAGCAGGAGUAAAGAAUUUAAGUUUCUCAACCCAACCCCAGUUCCUGUGGGCCUGGAGAAAAAAAGCAGUGACGCUAAAGCACGACAUGAGUCCAUCACAGAAACCCUGAAGGAAUUCAAAGACAACCUGAAGGCUGAAGGGAAGAGAGAUAAAAGCACAUUCCUGGACAGCCUGAAUAAAGAGGAAAUGGAGAGUUGGCGCCUGUUACAGAAGAGUAACUCAGUGUUGCCCACCUCAGUCCCUGUGACCCUGGAUGUCACCUCAGCUGACCCAGGCCUCACCUUUUCUCAGGAUCUAAAGAAAGUGACCUUGUACAUCGUUGGUGGAGGAGCUUCGAGUACGCAGUCAAAACCUCGACCUUUCUACCCUUUCCACUGUGUGAGGGGCUCCCCAGGCCUCUCCUCAGGCCGCCAGGUGUGGGAAGCACAAAUCCACGGGCCCUCGGGUGGGGCGUGCAUGGUGGGCGUGGCCACAGAUCUGGCUCAAAGGUCCCAGAGUCAGAACUUCAGCGCAGUGAGCUGCAUCUGGGCACUGAGGAUCUCAGCCUCCGGAUGCCAGCCGUUCACCAACUGCAAUGCCCGGGAGAACAUCCGGGUCCAUCUCAGGAGAGUGGGCGUCUACGUGGACCACGACAGUGGGGAGGUCGUCUUCUACGAUGCCAUCACCGGCAAGCAUGUCUACACUUUCCAAACCUCCUUUGACCGACAGGUCUUCCCCCUCUUCGGGCUCCAAGCGGCCUGCAGCCAUAUCACCCUGAGCCCCUAAGGCUGCUCCCUUGGGUGCCCCGCAGUCUCUUCCGCACCUACCCCUCAGGACAGGCGAGGGAUGCAAGCGGCGGGGAUGAAGCUUGUCCCUUCUUGGGCACCUCUUUCCCCGAGUGGAGAAGACAGUCGAAAACCCCCAAGAUGAAACACAAGGUUUUUCAGCUCUGCGCUUUGUAGCAGAGCCCCCUCUUUUCCUGAGACCCGGAGCCAGAGGCCGUGUGCAGCCAGCCAGGCCUGUGCAGCCAGAUGAGGACAGUCUGCAACCAGGGUUGCAGCGUUCCGACAUUUCAAAGCCAUGUGUCGUCCUCGACGACUCUGUCUUCAAAUUAAAAACAAAAUUGUGAACCA